GCUGGGGAGUUUAUGCUCGUGCCUCACUCGAGGGCGCUGUCUGCUCGCCUCUAAAUGUCACAGUUUUAAAGUUGUCGGGAAAUUAAAAACUCGUAAUUUCAGCACGCGGGGCGCACCCACGUGUUGUGAUGAAAAUAAAUAAAUAACUAAAUAACAGACACGAUACAUCGCUACCGGUAUCACCGAGAGCGCCGGAUGAACAGCUGACUGCGGUGGGUGAAGACAUUUUGGGGAGGGCGGUUGUGUAUCUCGACACCGGUCUAACGUCUCUUCUGGUUGGCGCCAUGCACACUAGCGGUCUGUGAGUAGAUGGUUCCGCCGUAGUAGCCCGAUCAGUUGCCGCAAAACAUACAUUGAAUCGGUCGUACAGACUUGUAUAUGCGUUAGAGGCGACCUUCGAAGUAGAGCGACAAUGGGUGUGGAAGUCGAAACAAUAUCUCCCGGUGAUGGAAGGACAUUUCCAAAGAAGGGCCAGACAUGUGUCGUUCAUUACAUAGGUAUGCUGCAAAAUGGAAAGAAAUUUGACUCCUCUCGAGACAGAAACAAGCCCUUCAAGUUCAAGAUUGGACGGCAGGAAGUCAUUAAGGGAUGGGAAGAAGGAGUAGCACUGAUGAGCGUGGGUCAAAGGGCCAAGAUCUCCUGUACGCCAGACAUGGCUUAUGGAGCAACAGGCCACCCCGGGGUCAUCCCUCCGAAUGCCACACUCAUCUUCGAUGUGGAGCUCCUCAAACUGGAGUGAUGUGUGCAAGUUCAAAGGUUAAAGGUUAAUUGGGCUGCUUUUUCCACCACCUAUCCUCAAGGGGGAGACCAAUACUGACCACUGCUUCCCACAACCCAGCUACAGUUUUUCCCUUUGAGUUCAACCAUCUUCAGCUCAGUGUUAUAAGUAUCUAUAUUGCUGCUUUGUUGCCAACUUGUCAAAAAUAAAAAGUGCAAGAGGGUUUUUAAACUUUUUACACACACACACACAGACACACACACACACACCACCAGAGUUUUGCCCUUUGUCUUAACAUUUGUCAGUUGGUUUACCCAUAGGCCUGUGCUUUAUUUGUUUUAUUUCAUGUUAGGUUGUAAAUUUUGUUGAAUCAACAAAGAAUCAUCCUAUGGAAGCCGUACUGCAUUGCAAUCUAAACAUAUAGCCUUACAGUUUUAAAAGCAGAGAAAAGGGUACACUUUGAAAGUACAGUGCUUCCCUGCAUGUUAACUGGGCAUUAACAACCACUCUGCAUUGACACUUUGAUAAAGGUCUGUCCUGCUGAAUGCUAUGAAUGACGUUGCUGUGUUUAGUAUAUUUUAUAUCCCUCAUAAACAUUUACUGCAAUUGUACCGCAGAAGGAAUCCAAAUCCAAUCCUCUACAGGACUCUUAUGAGCCAUGGCUACUAUGACCGUUUUAUCGAUCGAUUCUUAAUAAACAUGGCGAGCACUG